AUGGACUACCACGACCCGUCCAUAUGGAGGUUGAUAGAUGAUCUCUCCUCUGUGAGGGUGAGAACUUUCAAGGUCAUUACCGGUGUCUUUUUUGGGCUCGCCGUUCUCUCAGUCAUCGGUAGAGCUGCACUUCGAGUUCAUGCACGUUCGACGCCCACCGUCGAUGAUUGCUUCGUAUUCUUCGGGUCUCUCUGUCUCAUUGCUGGGACAGAGAUUGCGUACGCAGGGCUGGAUACCAUGUGCCUGGUGCAGGCGGUUCAGAGAGACCCCGGAAUAAUCCUCAAGAUCCGUCAGGAGGACGUAGUUGCAGCCGCCAAUGGGAUCAACGCCUACAUCUAUUCAAGCUCGUGUCUCCUAGACGCGACGCGCCUGCUCCAAUCCGUGGACAACAUUCGAAAAUAUUAUUGGUGCGUUGUGGCGCUCACCAUCGUGUCUUGGGUGUACAUGGUUUCGGAGCCAUACAUUUUGUGCCCUCACUUUGGAGCCGAGACCGUCAAGUGUUGGACAGAGCUCAAGGCUAGAGUCCAUUUCGCCAUGGUUGGGCUGGGAAUGAGCCUGGACGCGCUCACUGAUAUCAUGAGUAAGUCCACUGACUCGUCUCCAGCAAGGCCUACAACUAAUAGCACAUGUAGUCGUGAGCAUUCCAUCCUCAUCCUCCGUCAGCUCAACAUAAAGGCGCGCCAGAAGACUGCUGUAGGCUCUUUCCUGUGCCUGUCUCUUGCCAUGGUCGCAAUAGCUCUUACCCGCGCCAGCAACCUACAUAGUAAGAGUACUGGUCCGGUCGCUUUAGAUUUCAUAUACCAGUCACUUCUCCUUCUUCUCGAGGCUACCGUGGCCGUGCUUAUGGCCUUCUUAACCGCAUACCGCACAUUCUUCGUUGCGCAGACCGAACGAAAGAGACGCCAGGAGCGUAUGAAGAGGCCAGCAUAUUCAUUCAAGAGGUUCGCGUUCCGCAAGACGACCCACGACGAGGAGGCCAGACUUCCUGAGAUUCCCCGAGCGACCAUGACUGGGAUAAGAAGCUUCCUUCAACGGACCAAUCGGACCGUGGGAGAGAGCACAACCAUACUACCCCACAAGAACGAGGAGGUUCGCUCCGAGUUCAGCGUCCCCACCAGCUUCAUCACGAAACCUAGCUUCCUCAAAGACCAAGCCAUUUCCGUUGCUUCAUCAUCUAAUCGACAAUCGCGACUCUCAGAGCCGAGAACUGUGGACCACGUUGUCGAGACGUUAUAG